CUCCUCACUGGCGGCACCUGGAGAGUGACCGUCGACUGGCAGACGCGACGCGGCGCAGGUCUGAGCCUCUGACUUCCCUCCUACCCCCUACACAGCUACCAAAGCGAGCGAGUCCACCGUCGACGCCACGUCAUCCAUUCUCCCCUUGUCUUCUCUGUCUCUCCCCCACCGAGAGCCGGCCGAGAGGGGAGGCCGCACCGCACGCACCCGACACCUCCCCUCCUCUCCUCUCCGCCGCCAGCGCCAUGGGCCGCGCCGCGCCGCCGUCAUCGCCGAGCUCGCCGCAGCUCGGGCGCAAGCGCACGGCGGCUCCCACACCGGAGCCGCCGACGCCGCGGCGCUACUGCUCCAUGGACGACGUCAUGCGCCGCGCGCGCGCCGUCGACGCGCCGCCCCCCGUCGCCCGCGCGCGGGUGUACACCUACUACGAGAACCUCAUCUGCGAGACCUGCGGCUCCGGCGACCGCGACGACGACCUGCUCCUCUGCGACCGCUGCGACCGCGGCCACCACACCUUCUGCCUCCGCCCCAUCGCCGCCAGGGUCCCCAUCGGCCCCUGGUUCUGCCCCGUCUGCGCCCCGCCCGCCAAGGCCCCCAAGAGAUUCCCGAUGAAGCAGACCAAGAUCAUCGAUUUCUUCGGGAUUCGGAAGGAUGGGCAGGAUGCCCAGGCCCCCAAAUGUAGGCUCUCCCAAGAUGCUAGAAGGCGAAGGAAGCGUUCUCUUGUUAUGCACAAGAAGAGGAGGAGGAUACUGCCAUUUGUUCCAUCUGAAGAUGAAGCUAGAAGACUAAAACAAAUGGCGUCUCUGGCCACUGCUAUGACGUCUUCUAAAACAAAGUUCAGUAAUGAACUGACUUACAUGCCUAAUAUGGCUCCUAGAUCUUCCAAUCUGGCAAGAUUGGAGGUAGGCGGUAUGCAGGUUCUGCCCAAAGAGGAUAAGGAAAGUAUAGAGUUGUGCAGAACCAUGCAACAAAGAGGCGAAUGCCCUCCACUUCUUGUGGUCUUCGAUUCCCUUGAAGGUUUCACUGUGCAGGCUGAUGCUGAUAUUAAGGAUAUGACCUUCCUCGCUGAAUAUGCUGGGGAUGUCGAUUAUCUGGAGAAGAGGGCAAAUGAUGAUAUUGACUGCAUUAUGACGCUCCUCUUGACAGCUGACCCUUCCCAAAGGCUGGUCAUUUGCCCUGACAAGCGGGGGAACAUUUCUCGCUUUAUCAGUGGCAUCAAUAACCACACACAGGAUGGCAAGAAGAAGCAGAAUGUAAAGUGUGUGCGGUAUGACAUUGAUGGGGAGAGCCAUGUCUUGUUGGUGGCCUGCCGUGAUAUACCUCGUGGUGAAAAGCUAUAUUACGAUUACAAUGGAUACGAGCAUGCCUAUCCCACUCAACAUUUCCUCUAACCUAACCCCAACAGUUUUGAUCUGACCAGUAGUAAAGGAGGCUGGCUGGGUGAAAGAGGGCUUGGUGGCAAUAUUUCUAGCUUUGCCACCAAAAACCAAAAUCCAAUAACUUAUACUGCCCCUUGGUACAAAUGACAGAUUUAAUCCAAUUUUCCGAAGAGAUCCUAAUGACAGAAAAUGAUAGGUGCUGGUGAUUGUUAGCCUAGUUAUAGGAGCCAAGAGGAAUAUGCAUUGUCCCUGCUCUCAAGAGUAUCUUCCCAUUCAUAUUCUUUUUAUUCUAGGGGUUCCUACCCUUUUUUUUUAGAGUAAAUAGUUGUCUGAGUGUCCCCUAUUUAUUAUAAGAAUGUUGGAAAAAAAAAACGAAGAAUGUUGGUAGAGUUAACUGUUGGGCUGUUGCUGGUUAAAGGUACAUUUCGAAUGGCUAGAAAUGGAUGGAUGUGUAGGUGGCCGUGUCUCUAUAA